UUUGCGGAGACAACCAACAAGCAAUGUAGUCAAUCUGAGUAACGGAGAAAAGUUUCAACUGGGCGUAAUUUCGGAUGUAUGUCAUUUCACAGUAACAAUGGAAUCUUUUUCAUGCUCAUGAAGCUUUUAUCAUCUUUCAGCGCUCUUUGAAAUCACUGCUUGGCAUUAAGCAUCCUUCAAGCUGUUCUCACGGCACUUGCAAAGUUGAACGACGCGAGUUACCGAAGUAGGCUAAUUGAAGGCAAAAGGCUUGGUAUGUCCUUGAGGAUACAACAAUUAUGCACUUCUAUUCAACAAAGUGGACUAUGUGCGUUUUAGACUUGCUGGAACUCUAUCAAUACUAAACAGGGCUUUAUCACGCAUGGUAAUGUUGCGAUGGGAUUUUGAAAUUAUUCCUCCUAUAAACUGGAAAUAUAAUAAAGACAAAUGACUUUGUUGACAAUUAGGAAGACAACUUGUCACAAUGACUCCCAGAAGCUAACUUACCGUCUAUGGAGUUCUGAUUGAGCUGUACAAUGAGCUCGGAUCUGGAGCACAUGUCUCUCAAGUCUACCGGGAACUCGGUGGGCUCGGGUGGACGCGCACUGUCGGUAAACGUGAGAAAGCUGCACAAUGCUCUCAACAUUCUUCUUAACGAUUACGAAAGAGAACAGUUCAUCCACUGUUUGAAUGUGUACCAUGCAAAACGCAAUGUUUUUGACUUGGUUCAGACCCUAAAAGUUAUUCUAAACACAACUAGCAAACGGCAACUGCUACCAAUGUUACGCAUGGUUAUUCCGCGUUCCGACCAACUGUUGUUCGACCAGUACACUUCCGAAGGUCUAUACUUGAAAACAGAUUUGCUUUCUGCCACCGGCAACCAUGAAAGCUCGGAAGAAAUGAGCAAUACAACCCACGUCCGAGUGCCUUCUGCGCACUGUCCCUAUCCACCCGAGCAGCCUAUUCCCAGCCACGCGACUCUGCGAGCGUUCCCGGCUAAUUUCAGCACCACAGCGGAUGGGACAGUUCCCAACGUCUCCAAUAUGGGGAGACUGUACCUGCCCGAAUUGGCUUCCGAGAUUCGCCAAGUUACGCUGAAACGCAGCAAAAGUAACGAGGGCUUGGGGUUCAGCAUCCGUGGAGGAUCCGAACACGGUGUCGGAAUCUAUGUUUCCUUGGUGGAACCUGGAUCCUUUGCCGAAAGGGAGGGACUAAGGAUUGGAGACCAGAUACUGACAGUCAAUGACAUGGUAUUCGACAGAGUUACGCAUGGAGAGGCUGUCAAGGUUCUGAAGGGCUUUAAGAAGCUGGCCAUGUCCGUGUGCUCGAUGGGCCGCAUCCCCGGCGGCUACGUGACCAAUCACGUCUACACAUGGGUGGACCCGCAGGGCCGCAGUGUGUCCCCGCCGCCCGAGUUCCAGGAGCCGCCCGGGGCCCCGGGGAGACACUCCACACAGCAGCAGCUGCCCCAGCCACCCCCAGAGAAGAGGGUAAAUGUGAACAUGGAGGACGGACGCCCCCUCGGCCUGAUGAUCCGCGGCGGCGCUGAGUACGGCCUGGGCAUCUACAUCACAGGAGUGGACCGGGGCUCUGCUGCCGAGUACGCUGGCCUCAAGGUGGGGGAUCAGAUCUUGGAGGUGAACACCCGCUGCUUCCGCACCAUCCCUCACGACGAGGCUGUGCUCAUCCUCCGCAGUGCCCAGCAGCUACAGGUGGCUGCCCGAGAGGUGGGCCGCCUACCGCACGCCCGCACCAUCGUGGAUGAGACACGCUGGAUCCCCAGCGGUCAGAUCGCCGAGACCUCGGCCGGCUUCAGCCUUGCCAUACCUGGGCUCCCAGUGGACAGUGGAGUGUUGACCCCAGGAAAGCCAUUGGUGGGGCAGCUCCACCCUUCACUAGAGGAGCAGGCGGUGCUGCUGCUGACGGAGCAGGAGAGGCAGACCCUGGCCUACUACCUCCAGGAGUACCGCGAGGGCCACAUCACCGUGGAGGCUCUGGCCAUGGCCCUGUUUGAGCUCUUCAACACGCACGCCAAGUUCUCCCUGUUGCCUGAGGUGCGUAGCCGGCUGGCCCCUCAGGAUGUGGAGCGCUUUGACCUGCUGGCGCUGCGGAGGGACAUGGACCUCUGGAACGCCCGGCAGUUACUCAUGAUGGCCGUGCCUCAGUCAGAGCUGACCUGUCCCCAUCCACCCACAGCACCACACCCUUGCAGGCUGCUACGUCAAGAGGGCAGCGAGUCCAAAGUGGAGGGUGGUCUGUCCCGAGGGGCCCACGAGAUGUUUAAUAGCCUGCCCGACAUUGCACUGGACGAAGUCCACUCCUCCUCUGAAUCGCCGCCCCCCUUCAAACCCUCCCCUCCCCCCAACAAGCACGGCAGUCCCAAGGGCCGCUCCAAGCGUCCGGCUUCGUCCUCCAGGCUCUCGCAGCUCUUCUGCGCCCCGCACAGGAUGCAGCAACGUGACAGCCACAGCGCCCACGGCCACACCGUCCACACCCCCAAUGCCCACGCACACACCCAUGCCCAGGGUGCUCCCGGCCAGCCUCACGCGCACCCGCACGCACACCCGAACCCGCAGCCUCCCUCAUGCUCUCACCACCACCACCCUCAACCCCCCUGCCCUACCCACCGUCCCCCCAACACGCCACCCCUUGGGUCACGCAACGCCUCUCCCCUCCCCAUGCACCCGGCCUCCCCCCUCACCAUCUCCGUCUCGCCCGGGCCCAGCAGGGAGCCGGCCAGCGUCCACUUCUGCCUAGGGGCCAUCAGGAUGCUUCAGCAGCAGCAGCAGCAGCAGCAUCAACAGCAGGGGCCAGUCAGUCUCUCCCCACACAGCCAGUCGCCCAUUCUGCCCAGGAUGUCCGGCAGCCCGGCCCUCUCUCCCCGCUCCUUGUCACCAUCGAUGUCCCCAUCGUUCCCGGUGCCGGCCGCUCCUCAUCCCAGCCCAGAGAGGCCGGGGCUGGGGCCGGGGCAAGGCCAGGGGCCGGGGUCGUCGCCAGUGGCCUCCUGUAGUACACAGACGGACAGGCUGCACCCAGAGCCGGACAGAGGGCCCCCUCAGGCCAGAGCAGGAGCCACCCUGUCCCAGCUCUCCGAUAGUGGCCAGACCCUGAGUGAGGACAGCGGGGUGGACAUCCCAGAGUCUGGGGGCCUGAGUAAGGACAGCAGCCCGCGGCCUGGCAAGCCCCCAUCCCAUCCCUCGACGGAGCAUCCGGGGGCUGACCGGGCUGCCGCCCAGCCGUCCCCAACGCCAAUUGUAAUGGCGGAGCCGUCUUUGGUGAGGGUGGAAAAGAGUGCCAACACGCUGGGCAUCGCUAUUGAAGGAGGUGCCAACACUAGACAACCCAUGCCACGCAUUGUGACAAUCCAGAAUGGCGGCUCGGCACACAACAGCGGUCAGCUGCGUGUGGGUCAGGUGAUCCUGGAGGUGAACGGCGUGUCGCUGCAGGGCAUGGAGCACCGCGACGCGGCGCGUCUCAUCGCCGAGGCCUUCAAGACCAAAGAGAAGGACCACAUCGAUUUCCUCAUCACCGAGUUCAACACCGCCCUCUAGCUGUCAGGAGGACCACUAGCCGGCAUCAGGGGGACGCAUAGAAAGACGGAAAGGUUUGUGGACAUCAGCCAUUGCCAAGGGUGUCCACACUGUAUAGCACCUGCACUACGCGUGUCUCCCUCCCAUUCAGAGGCUCCCUGUCUGUUGUCUCACGCCACCCUCCUACUGUCCCCUGGUGCUUCUCAUAAAAUGAUGGGACCAUGCGAGAAAGAGUUCAGAUGUGACAUACCAACAUUUGAUGAUUGAGUGAUUCCCUGCAGCAGGAAGAGUCUGACUAGUCUCACCAUGCUUCACACGAGAACUGAAAGAACUCAUGUUUUCAGGGUUUCGGCAAGGAACUAUGCCAUCAUUUCUCUUCAAGGAACUAUGCCAUCAUUUCUCUUCAAGGAACUAUGCCAUCAUUUCUCUUCAAGGGCACCUCAAAGUCAUCCUGCCUGUCUCCCUCUCCUUGUCCCUGGUGUUCCAGUAUGACCACAUCCAGUCCCGUGCUCAAGGCACACGUGGAUGAAACACGCACACCUACACACACACACACACACACACACACACACCACACACACACACCACACACACACACACACACACACACACACACACACACACACACACAGAAGUACUAUCACUAAUAGUUCUUGGUACUACAUUUCCUCCUGUUACAGGUGAUUGUCAGUUCCUCCAGCCAUACAAUACACUGCUGCUCACGACCUUGAGAUGACUUUAUUUUGAAUUUCCUCAAUAUGCCAUCCACACAGCCACAGGCAUCCUUUAAGUAAUAUGUGUGCAAGGUUGUGUGCUUACUAUGAAGGAUUCUCAGUAGACACUAUGAAAUAUGGCAAUAUGUUGUAAAAGUGAGACUUAAAUCCAUGUAUAAUUUAUUUAUUUAUUGAAUUCCAUACACUGAAUGUGUGUUAUACCCCAUGCUGUAGUUUAAAAAGUAGGUAUUUUUGUAAAGAUGAAAUGGAAAGCUGGUUACAUAAGGGGAUUGCUAAAGAGCAUUGUGCCACAGAUGAGAUUUUCCGAGGGAGAAGGAGAAGUUUGCACUUUGAAACGACUGAACUGAUGCAGAAAUCUGAAGACGCCAGCAGGGAGGUUUAUCCAACCGUGUAUCAUUAUCAGAGGACCGGGAACAUCCAGCACGUAUUCUAUGUGUGCCAUGAUGUGUGUGUAUGUAUAUGACUGUACUGGCACAGGCGUGUGUGUGUGUGUGUGAGAGAGAGAGAGAGAGAGAGAGAGAGAGAGAGAGAGAGAGAGAGAAAAAAUAAUAUAAUAUGCAUACUUCAUGGCUUUCUGGUAAGCUUCAAGGGCUAGCCAGCUCAACCUGUUUGGAACGGAGAGGGAUCUCCAUGGUAACAGCAGCAGGCCCAGAGCAGUUUUUUUUAAAUGUUUAUGCUGCAUGUACCGUGAGCUAUGUGUGUGAUUUGAUGGCCAAUGAUGGAGGCGAACACACAGGCUAUGAAGCCUCAUGCCCCUGUGUAAUUCCUCACACAAAUACCAAACAAAUUGGAGAUAUUUUGUCACCUUCCGCAGUGAAGGCAGUACAGUCAGUGGCUUUAAAUCCUCAACCUUCCACCCUUACCUGUACCUUAACUCAAACCCUUGCCUUAACCCAAAGUACAAAUUAUGUCAUAUCUGUCUUUAAAUGUCGAUGUACGAGAGAUAGUGCACUACAGUAAAGGUUUACCAUAAAGUCUAUUUUGAGUCACUAUUAACCACACAUAAAGUUGGUAUUUUUUGAAAUGAGGAAGGUGUAACAAUGUACGAAUCCACAUGAUACUUAUAUAUAAAUAUAUGGAUGGAUAUUUAUUAGACUAAGGUGUACAUAUAUGUUUAUAUAUCAAUCACAUUUGUAUAGAUAUGCUUUAUAAGGAACAUGUACAGUGAUUAUAAAACAUUUAAAUGAGAUGCGGGGAUGAAUCAGCCCUCGUCUCCGUAGCUUUUCUGCGUGGUCGUAGAUGUUGGUCCUUGUGCUAAUGGCACCUCAGCCCACUCCCUUGGAGCUGCAAGUCAAAUUUACAUUCUAGCUACAUAUUCCACAGCCUCGCAGGCUGCCUGAUGAUUUAUUUCACUCAAAUGCCAUUCAUUAAAUCGCCUUUCUGCAAACUGUGCGCAUGGGUAUUAAGUGGUUUCAGCUUCGUCCCGUUGAAAAGUGGGAGAAAACAAUGAACUUUGAUAUUUCGAUGACUGAUCAUGGAACAGAUCGACAUAGCCAGCACAAUGCGGUUUAUGGACUUUGCUGUGGAACCAAUGCUGUAUUUCAAUUUGAUUUAUGCACUGCGACAGCCACUGAAGAAAUCCCCGUCCAAAUUAGCGUCUGAGAGUAGUUAGUGCACAAACACCAUUCACUGUGUACCUAAAGUACCACUGACUCAUAAAAUGACUGAGGAUGG